AUAUGUGCAUUACGAUAUCGACGCUAUAUUUACUCGUAACAGUUCAGAAUGUUUUCAUAUAUGUUGCCUUUAUAUUCAGUUUAAAUUGUGAAUGUUACUAAAAACGUGUCAUUUUAGUUCAUUUGCUAGCUCUGCACACCCAAAUGCCAGCCAGGUAAACGAUUCGCACUCCAGAUAUAAUUAUGUAUCUCUCGUCUGGCCAAUCGUGUUUUUAUUAUUCGCGUUUGUCACAAUGCAUGAUCUGCAAUCAUCCGUAACUGAACCACAUCCGAAAAUAUUCGUACCGUGCGUAUUGCUAAUGGAUAAACGCAACAAUAUACAACCAGCCGUAAACAUUCGUAAACGCAGCUGCCGAAGAAGACGUCGCAUGUAGAGCUCUUAACUCAAAAAGCAUCAGGUCGCGAGCGCAGAUAGGCGCCUGGGCCGUCUUUAUAUGAACAUGAUGGGGACACUUGUUUGCCUCCGCUAUAAUGGCCAUCGUACGUGUCAGAUAUAAUUAUAAUGCAUCCAGGCGUAUGCUCUCAGUCUUAGAUUUGGUAUAUAUAGCUUACUGUAAUAUCUGAACCGGUAUGUAUUCGCUGGUCUUGGAAUGCUAUUAUGUUUCCACUCAUCGUAUUAAAUGGAGUUUCCUCUCUCCGUGUAUCGCAGUUCAAUCCCCAGCGGGGGAGCGGCUGGCGCGGAGCCUCGCUUGGCUAUUGAUUCUGCUCCCAGCCUCUCUCCUUUGCGUUGAGGAGCUCGGUUUUAAUUGUCUGGUCAUCGCUCUUUAACUGUAUAUUCAGUCUAAUCCGUCAACAGUGGAGCCUUUUCUGAGCCUGUACAUACACAACGAAAAUGCAUCAGCCCAGAGAGUAAUGUAGCCUAUGCCGAAACUAAUGGGGUAUGCAAAACGAAAGCCUGAUAAUUAACGCAUUAUGUACACAUAUCAGGGGAAACUCCCACCAACAGCGCACAAGUUUAGCAACCGGAGUUCCUGAAAGCCGUCAAAAGAGGAGUUUGCUUGUCAGUAAUUUGUUCAGAAGCAGAAAUGCAUACUGACAGAAGGUCGUUUUGACAUGCAUUUCAGCCUUAGAAGGAACUGUUAUGGUUCAGUCAGUUUAGAGACGUUACAGUUGCGACAAACUCAUCUCUAAUCAAAUAAAUAGAAAGAGCAAGAUCUUGGUUGCACAGUUAGAUGCAGGGUACAGCCAGGUAACUUCACAGGUAACUGCACUAGCACAGACUGCUGCCAGGUAACUGCAGCCAGGUAACUGCACAGGGAGAGUAACAGUGUUGCCCUGUGGCAGCCUGUUCUGACACGUCUUCGUGAGGAUGUCAAGCUGUGGCCAUUUGACCACACACUGUAUCCAGCACACAGUCCCUGUCUUCCCUCCUUGUGUGGAACACCAUCCACACACCAACGUUACGCAGGACUCGGCACAGACUUUGUGGGCUGUAGCUGUGCCGGGGGGAAUGUGAUGGAGAGGGGGAUGGGUGUGCUGCUGGUGUGGGCAGUGCUGCUGGGGUGCUAUGGCCAGUCUCUGGGCGGAGUUCUGUACCAGCUCCAGGAGGAGCAGCCUCCCAGCACUCUGAUUGGCAGCCUGGCCGCAGACCAGGGCCUCCCAGACUCUGGCCACCUGUACAAGCUGGAGGUUGGUGCCCCCUACCUGCGAGUGGAUGGUAAAACCGGAGACAUCUUCACCACAGAGACGGCAAUCGACAGGGAGAGUUUGAGGGACUGCCGCAGCCUGCUGAAGGCUGAGCCUUGCUUUCUGGAGUUUGAGGUGUCCAUCACGGAUCUGAACCAAAACCAGAGCCCGCGACUCAUCGAGGGGCGCAUCCAAGUCCUGGAUAUGAACGACAACACGCCACAGUUUCCCUCGCCCAUCCUGACCCUGUCCAUUCCAGAGAACACCCACAGCGGGGCGCUGUUCCCCAUCCCACUGGCCACUGAUCGCGACGCGGACGGGAACGGGGUGGCGGAUUACUCUCUGACCACAGGGCCAGAUGCACUGGCGCUGUUCGGCCUGCAGGUGGCAGAGGACCGUGGGGAGAAGCUGCCGCAGCUGGUGGUUGUGGGCAGCCUGGACCGUGAGCAGAAGGACUCGUAUGAUCUGAGCAUUAAGGUGGUGGACGGAGGGAACCCUCCACGCUACAGCAGCGCCCUGCUCAGAGUCCUCAUCACUGACACCAAUGACAACGCACCUCGUUUUGAGCAGCCCAUGUAUGAAGCCGAUCUGCCAGAGAACAGCCCCGUGGGUCACUCUGUGCUUCAGGUGAGGGCUGAUGACUCAGACAUGGGGCCAAACGGGGAGAUCGAGUACAUGCUGCACCAGGCCACUGACGCCACACAGAGGCUACUGCGCAUCGACCACUCCACCGGCAUCAUCUCCGUCAGGGGGCACGUGGACCGGGAGGAGUUUAGCUCCAUGAAGUUUUAUGUGGUUGCCAGGGACAAGGGGUCUAUGCCUAAAAGUUCCAAAGUCUUUGUUGCCAUUAAUGUAAAGGACCAGAAUGACAAUGCCCCCACAAUUGAGAUCAGAGGAAUUGGCUUAGUCAUACACCAGGACGGCGUAGCGAACAUCUCUGAGGACAUGCCCAUUGGCACUGCGGUGGCCCUGGUGCAGGUGUCUGACCGGGAUGAGGGGGAGAACGCGGUGGUCACCUGUGUGGUGGCGAGGGAUGUCCCUUUCCAACUGAGGCCGGCUGGGGACACACCGAACGACCACAAGAGAAAAUACUUCCUGCAGACCACCGCCCCUCUGGACUACGAGCUUGUGAAGGAUUACCGAGUUGAGAUCGUGGCGGUGGACUCAGGAAACCCAGCUCUCUCCAGCACUAACUCUCUGAAAGUGCAAGUGACGGAUGUGAAUGACAACUCACCUGUCUUCGCUUCUGCCCAGCUGGAGGUGGACUUUGCAGAGGAAAAUCAACCAGGAGACAAGGUGUUCGACAUCGUAGCCACGGAUGCUGACAGUGGCAGCAACGCAGAGCUGACAUACAGUCUCAUCACUGCGGACUCUUCUGCGAAGGGGCUGUUUGAGAUUGACGCUGACACAGGGGAGGUGCGUGUGAGGAGCCCGCUGGACCGGGAGCACCGCGAUCGCUACCAGUUCCACAUCGCCGCCACCGAUAAGGGAGUGCCCAGCCACCGCGGCACUGCUGCAGUUCUGCUCAGGGUGCUGGAUCGGAACGACAAUGACCCCAAAUUCAUGCUGAGCACCUACAGCUUCUCCGUGCUGGAGAACAUGCCCCCCCUCAGCCCUGUUGGCAUGGUGACAGUCACAGAUGCAGACAAAGGGGAGAACGCCCGGGUUCAGCUUACCGCCGAGUCGGACGACGGAAAGUUUGUGAUCCAGAACGGCAGCGGCACCAUCCUGUCCAGCAUCUCUUUCGACCGUGAGAAGGAGAGCACCUACACCUUCCGCCUGAAGGCUGUGGACAGUGGAGAUCCACCCCGGUCCUCCUUUGUCGGAGUGACUAUCAAUGUGCUGGAUGAAAACGACAACGCCCCCUACAUUAUCAAGCCCUCAAACUCCUCCUACAAAUGCCUGUCCCCUCUGACCCGCCCGGACAGCCACGUGCACCAGGUGGAGGCUGAGGACAUGGACAUUGGUCCCAAUGCAGAGCUGACCUACAGCAUCACGGGAGGGAACCCCCACGGCCUGUUCCGCAUCUCCUCCUCCGACGGGGAGAUCACCCUGGCUAAGGAAAUCACCCAGGGCCACAAGGGCCUCCAUAGGCUGGUGGUGAGGGUGAGUGACAAAGGAAAGCCCCAAAGACACACCACAGGCCUGGUGCACAUCUAUGUGAAUGAGACCAUCGGAAACAUCACCCUGCUGGAAUCCCUGGUGGGGCACAGCCUGUACACUCCUCUGGAGACCGACAUUGCCGGGGAGCCUGACCACAGCCUGGCCUCUCAGCACAGCAAUGUCCUCUACGGCAGCCUGGCCGGCAUCACGGGGGUCAUUUUCAUCAUCAUCGUCGUAGUGGUUGUCCGGCACCACCUGCAGCAGGAUGGUAAGAGUGGCUACCAGGCUGGGAAGAAGGAAAGUAAAGACCCCUACACCCCUAAACAGGCCCCCAAGCACAAGAGGGGCAAGAAGGGGAAGAAGGGUGGGGCAAGCAAGCAGGCCGCACCGUUAGAGGAAGACGAGGAGGAAGGCACCAGCCUAGAUGGUGUCAGCGUUAGUCCCAGGAUCCACUUGCCCCUGAAUUACCCACCGAGCAGCCCUGACCUGGGUCGCCACUACCGCUCAAACUCCCCUCUGCCCUCCAUCCAGCUGCAGCCCCAGUCCCCCUCCACCUCCACCUCCACCAAACACCAGGCUGUGCAAGACCUCCCCGCAGCCAACACCUUCGUGGGCACUGGAGACGAGAACUCCAUCAGCUCUGACCAGUUCUCCGACCAGAGCUACAAGCCCAACCCUCUGAAGUACGGCAGCAGACAGCUUCCUCAUCGGCGAGUGACAUUCUCCACAGCCAAUCAGACGCCUGACAUGCAGGAUCCCGCUCACAGCCUGUAUGACAGCGGGUUGGAGGAGUCUGAGACCCCAAGCAGCAAGUCCUCCUCAGGGCCCCGCAUUGGGCCCCUGGCUGUGCCCGAGGAGCACUAUGAGAGGACCACUCCCGACGGCAGUAUCGGUGAGAUCCAGCACCCUGAGAGCGAUGUACGGUCUCUCCCUGACGUUACCAUGACGGGGAACUGCACUCCAGAAUGCACUGAAUUUGGUCAUUCAGACACCUGUUGGAUGCCAGGUCAGUCGUCCCCGACACGCAAGACCAAGAGUGCCCCAAAGCUCUCUACAUUCGUGCCUUACCAGGAGAGAGCAGGACAGCUGGCCAAUGGGCGUCCGGGGAGCGAGGAGGAACAGUGCACUGGGCCUCCGGCCUCCCACGGUGCCUUCCGCAAGGACACACCUGCCCGUCACACCUCCAAAAGAGAGAUCUACCUGUGAGGAGCACACAAAUGCCCCUCACUGAACCACCCAGAAGGUUUAAGUACAUGAAACAGAUUCAGCCCUACAGGAAUGUAAGCAGCAGCUCAUUGAUUUAUGAUGAUACAAUUAACUGUUUUUUUUUUUUUUCCCUUUUUUUAUUGUUUCCUGCAAUGCAUUGAUGUAAGACUGAAAGAUACAUCACAACAUUCCUGGCCUGUUCUGGAAGCCUGUGGAAUGUUGUAAAGGUAAUCCACCAGUCCUGCCAGAAUCCAUAUCUUAUCCAGCUCCAAAUAAAUCCCACUGAUGACAGUCGUUCUGCACAAGAGGAAAUAGUUAUUAAUAUUAAUAAAUCACACUAAGCAGACUUUACUGUACAGCGGUGUAAAUACAUUUUAAUGGUGUGCAUAUGUCUGUCGGGCUUCAGUGCUUUCCCUUUGGCUGUUAGGAGCUUCACAUUUGGGGCAUUUUGUUGUAGUUGUUUUACAGUGAUAAAGAAUUGUUGUUGUUACUGGAAGAAAACAGCCAGAAUUCAUUAGUUUGAGUAGAGAGUUCUGCGGCACAUGCACUGGUAACAGGGCCUGGUUGAAGGUCAUUUUAACGUGAUACUUUAGAACAGCUUAGGAGGGGUUCUUUUGUAAUGUUUAGUCUUUGUUCUGUGGAAGUCUCACGUUUUGUAAAAA